UAAUUUACCUGAUUAAUAUAUCCCUUUUUGUAAAAAUGAGUGAAAAAGAGGUGGCGCCAUACGGAAAGUUAUCCUGGCAAAGUUGCAAUACAAAGUAACGCAGAGUAAAAAUUAUGUUAUUCAUACACGAGAAAGGAAAUAUUGUUUAUUCAAACUCAAAUGGGACUAAACUUAAAUUAACGUAAUGUAAGGUAGGCAAUUUUUAAUUUUUAAAUUGUGUAAAGAAUGGGAAUAUAGUUAUGAUGGUUUCAAAUUUCAAACCCUUUUUUUUAUAGAAAAAUUAUAUUAAAUUUUAUGCCUGGUGGAGGUUUCAUGAUGCAAAGUAAAGAUUUUUUUUUUAACAGGAAAGGAAAUGCAAAGGUCUUAAGCUGUUAAGCUGAAAGCUAAUCCUCGAUAUAAAUAUUUUCGUCUCCACUAUUUUUAAAGUUGAGAAAUGGCAUUUCAAGACCCCAUGACUAAUAGAUGCUUAAUUUUCGAUUACUACAACCUGCGCAAACGCGCUCAAGAUCUGGUGUUUCUGGUCACUAAAGUCUAGGAUCGAAUCCCGGCAUUGGCUCUUAAUUAUUGCACGUAAAGAACCAAGUACACCUAUGCCUUCGUUAUAAAGAGAAGGGGUUUGCUUACACAUGGUGUUCCAUUUGGCUGCAAUGUGUUUGUGCCACAGCGCCUUGGGGCAUAGGUGAACUUUUCCAAAACAGUUCCACGACCACAAAGAGCACACAGUCAGUUAGAAACCAAUAUGUGACUUCGUGCAAUAUUGGGUUUGCGGUAAGACUAACCCUAUAGGGUUUACUCUGCGGUGUACUAUAUUUUGUCGAUAACAUUUAAAUUCAAGUUCGAUACUUCUACUGUUUUACAAGUUGAUUCAGAUAUACUUAACUUCUACUGAUACUUCUUCUGUUUGUAAGGAAACAUUCAAUAUUUUGUACUUUUAAAGAUAAGGAAUUAGACUGCAAGAUAGUGCGCUAGACAUUAAAUAAAACAUAUACCGCAUUCCGUUGGUUAUUGUCACGAAGUAAUGCAGUUCUGACAGUACAAUCAAAUCUCAUCAUGGUAGAUUUAAGGAUUAAAUCAAUCACCAGAAACUGAAUAGCAUUUACCGAAUACCAACAGUGAGCAAAAAAUCGCCCAACAUAGAAAUAGUGUUUUGGUUCGAUGUGUUAGCACAAAAGCGAUCCAGGUAACACCAUAGAGCAAGGACACAUCACGGUACAGCAAGGUCUAAUACAUAAUGCUUUGCCAUCAUAAAGCCUGAAAGUUUUCACAUUAGACCCCUGAAACUAACAAAAAGCAUAGAGCAAAAAGCAUAUCAUAGGUAAGUCAAGUCAGAGUUAUGAUGAACGAGGUAUGCAGGCACCGUGACCAACACAAUGCUGCCGUAUGGUUCAUCAGGUGAGAACCCUGGUGUUGGUUCUCUAGGACUGCAAGGGUGAAGAUUCAGUCUGUGUGUAAAGCAAGAUGGAAACGAACGGUGGGCCUUCCGCUAAACGCGAAGAACUCCUUAUUCCACUACAGAAAUAUAAGACUACAUUGUACACGCAUAGUGAUGAGGUACCGGAGAAACUGCAACCAACGGAUCAGAACUACAAGACAGCUUUAUAUACCAACACUGAUAAUGGUGACUUAGUGGAACUUACAGAAGAUAGACCUGGGCAGGCUGCGAGACAGAGGGAUGGUCUAAACUCCGUCCAGACAAUGUUGCUGAUCGCAGGAUACUGUCCAGGUUUUGCUGCUACUAUUAUGAUGGUAGCUAUUAUACACACAGGAUGGGUUGGUUUCCUACUCUUUGCAGUUCUCACUUUUAUGUUGGCUUACGCCGCCAUACUGCUGAGAAACUGCUGGAAUUUGGUCAGAGCCACACAUUUUGAAGAUUCCAAUCCAUAUGGCGCCAUAGCAUAUGAGGCAUUUGGAAACUGGGCGCGACACAUGGUGAAUGUGCUGGUGGAUCUCGUUAGUUUUGGCGCCAGUACAGUAAUGCUUCUAGCUACGUCACAGCUUGUACUCAUUGUGAUUGGUCACAGUCUCGUUGGCACGUACUGCUAUUGGCCAAUUAUCAUCGGUGUGAUCAUGAGCCCGGCUAUUCUAGUGGGAAUGCCAAAGCACUUCUGGCAACUUGGAGCAUUGAGUAUCAUCACUACCAUCCUCGCCAUCCUCAUCAUGUUCAUCGACGCAUCUCUCUACCUCCAUGGUAACGGAGAAGCCUUACACCGUCUCCAGCCGUCCAUGGAGUCUUGGGCGUUUGGCAAGCUGAUAGGAGGAACCAUCUUUCUGAUGGGUGGUCACUUUGUCUACCCAGAGGUCCAGCGAGCUAUGAAAGAGCCGGGAGACUUUGACAGAAGUGCCCUCGGAUAUUUCCUCUUGAUUGUUCUCUUCCUGUUCCCUACCCUUCUGAUCACCUACAUGGCCUAUGGUGAUAUCAUGCUUCCUUUUGAUGUUACAUCCAGCCUGCUGGUCAUCCUCCCAAGGGAUGGUAUGGUGGUCAUUCCAGGCCUCCUUCUCUUGAUUGGCAGUGGACCAGUCUUACUCAUUGUCAUCAAUCCACUAUUCCAACAUCUUGAUGAGCUGCUUGAUGUCCAAGCAGAUUUCAAUUGGAAGCGUAUCCUCUCCCGUACAUGUGUCAUCCUCUUUCUGAUCUUCAUUGCUGAGACGGUACCAGACUUCACUGUUCUAAUGACCCUAGUUGGAGGUGUACUCUUCCCUGUCUUGACAUUCAUGGCUCCAGCCAUCUCUUAUCUCCGCCUCCGAUCACUCUACAUGGUAGACAGCUUCUCAGAAAGACCGAAGGUGCACCUCUUUGAAAGUAUUGUCUCAGUAACCCUCAUCGUAGCUACACCUGUUAUCAUCGUUUAUGUCCUCAUAUCCACCACAUUGGCUCUAUCAAACCACCAGACAGAAUACAUCAAGCCAUGUUAUGUUCAAUGGAAUACAACCAUCAGUUGGUGGGACAACGAAUAAGCGUUUCCAUCAGGACAGAACAUCAAUUUCAAUGAAAUCAUCUCUACAACAGGUCUUUACAGUUACAAGACAAAAGAACCUUUCACCUUUUUUAAAAUUUGAAAAUGUAGCUGAUUGCAAACUGCUUACCAGACCAACCAAAAGAACCUAUGGUAUAAAUGCAAACAAAUAGUAAAUGGCCUAAAAUGGCCUAAUGGUUAGACCCAGAGUCUUUCUGGUAUUAAAGCCAUCGGUGCUGAACUUUUAGGUGGAGGUUUCAAACUAAAAAGCUUUACAAUUAUGAAGUAGUGAACAUAAAAAGUAUGUCUUUAUGAUAGACUGCAUGACUUCACAUUUCGUUGUGGGAUUACAGUAGGCAUAGAAUUUCUUCUUUAGGAGGGUGUGGCCAUUUAUUUUAUGAAGAAGCCUUUUAGUGUCUAGGAAAUUUCUGAACAGGACGAAGGCCAAGACCAGGGCAACAGAGCCAACUGCCCCAAACAUUGUCAAAGUUCCAUCGGUAGAUCAACAAACGUUUAGUAUGGCCUGGUAGUGAUAUUUCACGGAAACAACGGAGGCCAUGAGCCUUUUUGAGAUAUGGCGGACACAAUGCUACGACACUAUAAGGUUUGGGUAAGUUUGUGUGUAUAAACCAAAA